UAGCUCAAAACCCGGGUGGACUUGACCAUCUUGGUCGUGGGUGGCGUGUCUGCGUGGUUGGUUGAGUCAUCGUUUUUGACAACUGGGCUGCGGCAGGCCAUCUAUAUAAACCCACUCCGCAAAAUAUUCGUUGAAGCUGGACAAAGAGAAACGCAAAGAUGGCGAUUGGAACUUUGGAGGUGAAAUUGGUAAACGCAAAGGGACUUCGAGGCACAGAUUUUCUGGGUGGAAUUGACCCUUAUGUUCUGAUUCAGUAUAAGGGCCAAGAGCGCAAGAGCAGUGUUGCCAGAGAUGAAGGAGGCAGUCCGGUAUGGAACGAGACAUUUACAUUCCGAGCAGAGUACCCCGGAAGCUGUGAUGACUUCAAGCUCGUCCUCAAGAUCAUGGACCAUGACAACUUCUCUGCUGAUGAUUUCAUUGGCCAAACCUCGAUAUACGUCGAAGAUUUGUUAGCUCUUGGAGCUGAGAACGGCGUGUCGGAGUUACGGGCUCAAAAGUAUAGCGUGGUAGGAGCCAAUCUGAACUACUCGGGAGAAAUUCAAGUGGGAGUGAGCUUCACCCAGAAGGAGACCCAAUAUGAUGGAGAGGAAGUGGGAGGAUGGCAGGAGAGUGAAUACUAAGGUGGCUUCAUCAGCACCACUGUGAUACCUGUAGCCUGCAAGGGGGGAUUUUUUUUUCUUGGCUUCUGCAUCUUCAUUAUUUCUACUGUAAAAUUCCUCAUUCAGAACAGAAAUUUAUAAUAUUAAUCUUAGACCCAUUUUAUUAUUA